UUUGACUUGGCCUAAAAUAAUAAAACGUUAGUUGCGUCUCGGGGCGCCUACACUGCACGCACCGUCGUCGUUGGAAGCAUAAGAGAGAUCAAAGCGACAAGACGAAGGAAGCGUUUAAUGAAAAGGAUUUGAUUUUUCUUUUUGACUGGGCGAGGAAGGAGAACGAGUUCGGGGGCGGUGGUGUUACACCAUUGUGUCGUUUCGUUCUUCCAAAUAAUUCCAAUAACAAAAGCAAUAAUUUUCCUUCGUUUUCUCUUUCCCUCAUUCUCUUCCUAAUCCCAAUCGAUCGCUUCCUAGCUAGGGUUUCCACCAAUGCCGCAGGAUUCCUCCGAGCAAGACCUCGACGAUCCUGACAUCGAGUUCGUCGAGGUUGAUCCUACCGGUCGCUAUGGUCGGUACAAGGAAGUUUUAGGAAAGGGGGCUUUCAAGAAAGUAUAUCGAGCGUUUGAUGAGUUGGAAGGAAUUGAAGUGGCUUGGAAUCAGGUUAAGGUGGCGGAUCUAUUGCGUAAGUCUGAAGAUUUGGAACGUCUCUAUUCAGAAGUUCAUUUGCUCAAGACUUUGAAGCAUAAGAAUAUAAUUAAAUUUUACAAUUCAUGGGUUGACACCAAAAAUGAGAACAUCAACUUCAUCACUGAAAUUUUUACCUCGGGAACAUUGCGCCAAUACCGGAAGAAACAUAAGCAUGUUGAUUUGAGAGCUUUGAAGAAAUGGUCUAGGCAGAUUUUGGAGGGCCUUUUAUAUCUUCACAGUCACAAUCCGCCGGUUAUUCAUCGAGACCUUAAGUGUGACAAUAUUUUUGUCAAUGGGAAUCAAGGGGAGGUGAAAAUCGGUGAUCUAGGAUUGGCAGCUAUCCUUCAACAGGCCAAUUCAGCUCAUAGUGUCAUAGGUACCCCAGAGUUCAUGGCCCCUGAACUUUAUGAAGAGGAAUACAAUGAGCUUGUUGACAUCUAUGCUUUUGGCAUGUGCUUGCUUGAGCUGGUAACCGUUGAGUACCCGUAUGUUGAAUGUGCCAAUGCUGCUCAAAUAUACAAGAAAGUGACAUCUGGAAUAAAGCCAGCAUCAUUGGCAAAAGUGACAAAUCUUGACGUUAGAGCAUUUAUAGAAAAGUGUAUCGCUCAUGUAUCUGAACGUUUGUCUGCAAAGGAUCUCUUGAUGGAUCCCUUUCUUCAGUCAGAUCAUGAUAGUGAAAGUGUAGGCCGAUCUAUAAGAUCUCAAACCCUUCAUUCAGGAAAUAGUUAUCAUAAUCAAGCAAUUGGACAAAAUGCUGAGGAUAAUUCUGCUGAGACAUGUAGGGAAUUCACAGUGGAAGGUCAGAGGAGAGAUAUUAAUACAAUAUUUUUAAAACUGCGAAUCGCAGAUUCCACAGGUCACAUUCGCAAUAUCCACUUUCCUUUUGAUAUUGGAGCAGACACUGCAAUCUCUGUUGCUAGUGAAAUGGUUGAAGAGUUGGAACUCACUGAUCAAGAUGUUACAGCUAUUGCUAAGAUGAUUGACUCAGAAAUUCAAUAUCACAUUCCUAGUUGGAAUCCAAAUGAAACUCCUGUUGACAGUUUUGGUCAAGAUUCAGGCUGUACUUCUGAAACUAGGCCCGAGGCCCCUCCUGUACCAAAUGAUUCAAUUACUUCUAGUGGCAAUCUUGCAUUGGAAGUAUUACCUUCAGGUCGUAAGUACUGGUCAGACUCACCAAAGGGAGUUGGUGGAAACUCUCCAUCUAGGCCUGGCCCUUCAAAUUUGUCUUUUGAAGUGGAUGCGAAUGCUGAGGAAGGAAACUUGACAGAAAAUGGUGCUAUUUCAGCUGAGCUGGAUCCUCAUGAUCAGAUCUGUGCUGGUGAUUGUAGUGAUGAAAAGGAAUGUGAUGGGACUGUUGAUUCCCCUUGCAGUGAGAAAAGUAUUACGUCGGAAUAUUUAGGAGCAACUCAUGAAAAAUCUUCUCGGGAAGAAAUAUCUGGAAGUUUGAAAGAUUCUGAAAUCAAAUGCAUCAGUCAAAUAGCAUCAAAACUGGAGGGUUUGUUGGUUAAACAACGAGAGGAGUUAGAUGAACUAAAGAGGAAGCACAAAUUAGCUGUCUCGGAUAUUUUGAAGGAACUUCCCCCAGAAAUGUGCCAGAAGGUCCUAAGUAUAUGCAACCUUCUGAUGCCUGAAGGUGAAAUGUAGGGCCAGGGCCCCUUAUUCAUCCUGGGCGCUUCCUCAUAUAGAAAGAUCAUCUUUAGGAGUGAAAUUCUGAAGUUGAAAUAUCCUUGCAUGUUUAUGGAACUUGCAUGCUGCUAAUAUUUUGGGUUCUUAGAGAGGGUGAUUUUUUAAUGGCACAACUGAUCUUGGUAUAUGAUGUCAAGAGGAAAUGCGGUCAUAACUAAAGGAAUCUGACUAUCUUUUCUGGAAGAGAUUUCGUGGAGGGAAAGGCUUAACAUCCUCUUUGGCUUGAAGCACGGGGUUGAAGUGAGAAAUAAUUAUCUUUGAUAGGUCAUAAGAGUGGGGUCAUAUCGAUUUCAUUUCCCAAGAACAUCUGUAAAUAGUAUGAUAAAAUUCAUUAAACUACAGAAAAUGUAUACUUGUACAUAUGAUCGCCGGCUGUCAGUUUAAAUUAUACAAGGGCUUCCCAACUAGUUUUUUUGGGUUUUGUGGUCACCUACUGGAAACUUGGAAUUAGACCUCUUGGAUUAUUUUUAUUAUCUUGGCAAACUAUUCUUAUAAUUUGGUAUUACCGACAUGUGUUCGGGCUAUUAUUUGUAAAUACUCUGAUAAUUUUGGUAGUUCUCUGUAGGCUUUUUUGUAUAAAUAAUUUUUUUUU